AUGCAAAGUCUUCUUUCUAUUAUUCUUCUGUUCCCAGCUUUAGGAGGCUUGGUACUUUUAUGUGUGCCAAAUUCCCAGACACGAUUAAUUCGGAUUCUAGGUUUAACUAUUUCAUUUAUCACUUUUGUGCUUUCUUUAUUGCUUUGGGUUUUUUUUGAUCAUUCUACCGCGAAGUUCCAAUUUGUGAAUGCAGUGGAUUGGCUACCUUUCCUUAACAUGCAUUUUUAUAUCGGUAUUGAUGGAAUUUCUCUUUUUUUUAUUUUACUUACAACCUUCUUAGUCCCUUUUUGUCUUUUGGUGGGCUGGGAUUCUGUACAAAAAAAUGUAAAAGAAUACUUUAUUGCUUUUCUUUUUCUGGAAAGUUUUAUGUUGGCUGUUUUUUGUAUGUUAGAUCUUUUACUCUUUUAUGUUUUUUUUGAAAGUGUACUUUUACCUAUGUUUUUAAUCAUUGGUGUUUGGGGCUCUAGAGAAAGAAAAAUUAGAGCUGCUUACCAAUUCUUUUUAUACACUUUGAUUGGUUCUUUAUUUAUGCUCUUAGCUAUUUUACUCAUUUAUUUUCAAACCGGUACCACCGACCUUCAAGUUUUAUUUGUAAGUGAGUUUAGUCUGCAACGCCAGCUUUUACUUUGGUUUGCUUUUUUUGCAUCUUUUGCCGUAAAAGUACCCAUGAUUCCUGUGCAUAUUUGGCUACCAGAAGCACACGUGGAAGCUCCAACUUCAGGUUCAGUUAUUCUGGCAGGAGUUUUAUUAAAGUUAGGCACUUAUGGUUUUGUGCGUUAUUCAAUUCCGCUGUUCCCGGAAGCCAGCGUUUAUUUUACCCCUCUCAUUUAUACUCUGAGCAUUAUUGGUGUAAUUUAUGCUUCAUUGACGACUCUGCGACAAAUUGAUUUGAAAAAAAUUAUUGCCUAUUCGUCCGUGGCUCAUAUGGGAUUCGUGACUUUAGGGCUUUUUAGUUUAAAUAUCCAAGGAAUUGAGGGCGCUUUAUUUUUAAUGCUAAGCCAUGGGUUUGUGGCUUCCGCUUUAUUUUUAUGUAUUGGUGUUCUCUACGACCGCACGCACACCCGUUUAGUAAAAUACUACGGUGGUCUGGUGCACGUCAUGCCUCUUUUUUCCGUUUUUUUCCUUAUUUUUACCAUGGGAAAUUUGAGCUUACCUGGCACAAGUAGUUUUGUGGGGGAAUUUUUAAUUCUUGUAGGUGUUUUUCAAACCAACCCUUUUGUGGCAACUUUUGCCGCAACGGGAAUGAUUUUAGGUGGGGCCUAUUCGAUUUGGCUUUAUAACCGCGUGGUCUUCGGUAAUUUAAAACCUUUUUUUAUUGAUACUUUUAUGGAUGUGAAUCGACGAGAAUUUUUUAUUUUCUUACCUUUUGUGUUUUGUGUUUUAUGGAUGGGGUUUUAUCCAGAAGUUUUUUUAGAACCAAUGCACACCUCCGUGGCCAAUCUUGUGCAGCAUGGUCAAUGGAGAGGGUAA